AUGUCAACUGGAGAUACUCCAGCUGUCUCUGACUUGAUGAACCUUAUGCAUCACAAUGCACAAUAUGGCUGCCGCCAUUGUUUUGUGCAUGGUGAAAGCAUUGCCAGGACCAUGUGCUUCCUGGAGAGUGAGGGUCCUGCCCCCAUGAGGGACAUAGGGAGUAUUCGCAGAGCCGAAGGAAGUAGACCUGGUGGUGGGAGAUACAAUGUCUUUGCAGAGUUACCUAUACUCACCAGUUCUGCUUUCUUUGGCCAGAACGAGAUGCACCUCCUAGAUCAUGGAACAGGACAUCAGCUCUAUCAAGCCCUUGGUGGCAAAUUCUGCUCUGGGACUGUCAAUGAAGGAAUCGAACGGCAAGAGGAAGGCCAUCAAUUGAUGGACUUCCUCUUGUUUGUUGUACCAACUGUGAUAAUCGACCACCUCUGCUUUGCAGAUGCAAAGCAGGCCGUGAGAGAUCUGGUGCUGGCAUGCUCCAUUGUCCAACAAUGGAGCAUCACUGCCAGUGACAUUGUUGCCGUGGAGCAGUGCAAGAUUUCGGAUGGUAAGCUGAAAUCCAACAUAUUCGUGAUGAACCAGCACAUGCUGGUUCAUCUUGGUUUCAUGUUGUGGAAAAUGGGCCCUUUGCAGGCUUACAGCUGCCGUCCAAUAGAACGCACAAUCGGUGCCUAUACAUCUGCGAUCAAGUCCAGGAAGGAGCCUGGAAAAAACAUGGAAAAUGUUUUUUUCCAGAUGGUGGCCAUCAGCUACUGCCACGGCAACCGUCCAGCCAGGACUGGACCAGCUGACAGAAGGACCAGUAACUUUGAGGUUGCAAGUGAUGAUGUUGCUGGUCCUCAGCUGUGGUCCAGUCCGACCAGGUAUAGUAUGGCCAAGUUGGCCAACACCAUUGGCAUGGAAUGGGAGGACCUCGUCCAACAGUUGUUGCCUUUCUGGGCAGGAGAAGGAGUUUCCUCCUUUGAGAAACAAGACUUGGUGGUUUACAGAGUCCAGUCCUCCUUUGACAGUAGACAUGUUCGAGCUAACAAUCUUGUUGUGCUCAAACAUAUGUGGGAUUAUGGAUUUGUCUGCAAAUUCUUUUCCCACACUGUCAAAGGAGUGACCAGGCUCUUUGCAGCCACCGAGAGUGUUUCCGACGUCAGGCCCUUGCCGGGCAUGCUCUUCCCUGUGUCGAGCAACCGCUCACAGGGUGAGAUGAGGAUAGUGGACAUGAAGUCCUUCAAGGAGAUGGCUGGCCUCGUCCACAAUACUAAGGAUGGGGCCAUUAGACAUAUUGUCUGGCCCUCGCCAACCCACAACUAG